GGUCACGGAUUGAGACGUCGGGGUUUGUCGGGCGUGGAAUUUAAACUUUUCCUCUCGUGGUUUUUUCUCUAAUUUCCACUUCAUUUUCUGCAAUUUAUCUUCAUUCCUCACCGGUGGACGUCCACGAGGUGCUUUCCUGUCCGUCCGUGAAGGAGGAAGAGAUUCAUCAUGUCGACCUCCAUAGCACCAGUAAUUGACCAGGAAAAUUCCAUUGCUCAGCGUGGAGCAAAGGUGAAGACGCAUGUUGGACUGGGAGUUCAUAAUGCACAAGGAACAUCACAAGGUCUGGCAGUUCACAAUCAGAAGAAAUUCAACCAGACAUCUACCAUAUCUCACAUGAAGCCCCGUUCUUUUGGAGACAUCAGCAACCGCAUCGGCCAAGUGAGUGAGGGUGUUCCUGGCAGUUCAGUGAAGAAGACACAAAAGCAGGGUUACUUACCCACCGUUGAAGUUAGAAACAAAUCUGAUACAGAUCUGGAGCCCGAAUUCUUCCCAGAAAUCAAGGAAAAGGAAGAUUACUCAGACAUCUUCCCAGCCUCUCUUAACUUGUCAGACCAACACAUCAACAAGCUCGUCAGAUUCUGGGAGGUGUGCAGACGACCCGAGAUGAGCGCACUCUCUCUUAACAAGAUCCCCAAAUUCACACCCGAGGUUCAUUCUCUCUCAUGGCCUACGAUGAGAGAGCCCAAAAAAGAGGUCAACCUGGAACCAGUGAUGGGGGAAAUGUUUGACCUUCCUCCGUCAUGGGAAUAAACAUGGCCAGAGGCUGGUUACACACAUUCAUCUUUUC